AUGUAUUAUACUUGGUCACAACAUGCACCUUCUAAAUUCGCUCACGGGAGACACGUAUUAUACUUGCUCACUACUUGCACGUUAUAUACUUGCUCACGGAAUAAAUUUACUACACUUGCUCACAACAUAGAUGCACAAAAGUCCCAAAGCGUGCCAUCGACACCCGCUGCCUCGCCCAAGAGCAGUAGCCACCUGCUGCAAGAUCAAGUAGUCAUACAACGCAUCAACGAGAGCCGAACCCACUACGAUGUGCUGGCAGUGCUGCGCAAUUGCUCGGAGAAAGACAUACAGAAGGCGUACAGGCGACUGGCCCGUCAACUGCACCCAGACAAAACGAAAACCGAGGGAGCUGAGGAAGCUUUCAAAAAGGUCUCGGCUUCGUUUGAACUUCUGAAGGACGCGGAGAAGCGCAAGCUAUACGACGCCGCUCUAAUCCAAGCGCAACAACAACAGAUGUACCACGAACAACAACAACGGCAGCAACAACAGCAACAACAACAGCAGCAGCAGCGACGACAACAGUACAACAACCCCAACUACGGGGGACAAUACUCCGGGUACCAACAGCAACAGAAUAAGUAUCAACGGCCACCGCCAACAAACCCACAGUUUCGGCACAGACCAUCUGACGCAACCUCGGGGACUCCAUCAUCAGGAUG